UCUUUGCGAUGAGAUGGGUAAUUUGGGCGGUUGACUUCUGUUUGUAGAUCGCAGCUACUUUUUAUAAGGCACUGCGUCAGGAAAUUGGAAUUCGGUUAAAGCAACCUUGAGUUUACCACUCAACUCCCUCAACUAGGCAGCACUCCCCACAUCGGUCAUGACAGUACAUCUUGGGUUUCUGGUUUGGAUAUUACUGUGCGAUUGGGUUAAGAAGCCGAGUCUUCAGUUAAUCCAAGCGUUCCUGGUGCACGCACUAUGGCGCGCCCCAGAGCGAAACUGAUCCGGGCCUCCGGGGUUGUGGACGAUCCUGGCCAAGUGGUGCCGCUGCCCUACCUCAACUUCCUCCGCUAUUUAAAGCGAAAAGUCUUUCCCAGCUACGAUCUGCGCCGCUUACUCCAGGAGGGCCUCGUCCAAUGGAACGCACUGAGCGACGCCAAGAAGAGGUUGUUCGAACCAGAACGCAUCUUGAACCGCGUGGCUCGCAGGCGAAGGAAAACUCGGCGUCGCCGAUUGCUGCGCCGUAGUCAGCAUGGCCAGAAGGGACGAGCUGCAGUGCGACGGCCCCUCUACGACCAACGUCCAUCGCCACGACGCCGAAAACGAUAGUAAGGAGUGGGGCUAUUGCCCUCAUGGAUCGGACCAGCUGGAAGUUGUUCCGUUCGUUCACCUGUAGCUCCGCCAAAACACACAUUCUGAACCUGUGACUGCUCAACAACUUUUCUUCUUUUCCCAUUACAUUUUUCUGUUUCCCUUUCCGGUGGUUGACUGACCCAGUGACAGUAAUUAGCUGGUAAUGUGAGCAGCCCCAAAGUGGAGGCGUCAGCCAGCUGGUUUAGGUAGAUUGGACCUUGUACAUUAUUAUUCUCUCGUAAUCAAAACUCUGUCGCGUGGGCUUCUGUAAAUGGGAAUAUGCAAACAAUAACUCUGCAACCGCUUUCACUUCUUG